AACACCCAAGAGUAAGAUUUUACAUAUUUCAUUACCAGAGUUUGUAUUCCCGUAUACCUGUACAGAGUAUGUACAGCCAAUUUGUUAUGUACAAUGCAUCUUAUCUGCACUGUACAUUACUUAAAGGAGGUUCGAACUCAUGGAAUAAGUUCAUGUCUACAAUACAAAAUGAACUAAAUAAAAAACCGAUUUAUACAAUUGAUGAGAAACAGAUAGAGUUCGAAACAAUCACUCCCGAAUGCUGGCCUGAGUGUGCCGAUGGGAGUUUGAAAAUAAUUCAAGUUCGGCAUCCAUUAGAGAGAUUAGUAUCUGCUUACAGAUACGUGUUUGAACGAGAUGAUACAUACAGUAAGAAUUCAGAGUUCAGACUCAGCAUUCAAGAAAUCACAGGGAAACAGUUUAGAAAGAUCAGUUGGCCCGAGUUUGUGGAGAAAAUAGUUCUUAAUAACAAAAUGAAGAUGCCCGACAAUGGUCCUAGUUCUGGGAAUUGGAUCAGAAAUCACUGGGCUCCAUACUGGUAUACGUGCGGACUAUGUAGAAGAGAAUUUAGACCUAAGGAAAACAAACAAAUCCAGAAAAAAAGAAAAAACCUGAGAUCAAACCUUCUGCGCUUAACUUAAAUCCUUGAUCACGAUAUCCACUUUAACAACUGUAAAAAAUGGUGAAUUCCUUAAUUUUGGUUAUCCCUGACCUCUUAAUAAAUAUUUUGUUAACAUAGCAAUGGUUCUGAUAUUUGUUUGAUAAUUAAGUUUAUCCUACAUCUGGAAACUAUAAAGACAGACGUUAAAGCUUUACUCCAACUGCUGGGGCUCCAGGUACCAAGCUUAGUACAGGGUGCCCCAAUAGAGAUUGAGUGACUGUCUAUACGAAAUCCUUAGUUAACAGUGAUUUUUAUACUCUUGAGCUGGGAACUUUUGAAUGAUGGAUAUCGGGAUUAUUUCUUGAUCUACUCUUUUUCUUAAUCUCGAGAUAAAAUAAUGCUUGUACUCCUCAUGUCAUUAAUCUCCAGAUUAAUUAACCGAUCGAGAAUAAGGAUAUUCUAUUGUAAAGUUUUCAGCUCUGAAAAGGUUUUGUAGUAAUGUAGUAAUUCAGUUAAAAAAGUUAAUAUAGACAACUUGGGAUUUUCUAAUUGUCUUGUGUCAUUAUUGAACAUUCAAAUUGACGGAAAUAUAAAGUUUGUCCAGAUUUGAACAGCUCCAUUAAAGUAAAAAUAUUUAAUAUCUAAAAUCUAUGAUACUCUUGUUACAACCGUUUUUGAUACAGUAAAGCUUAUUUGUGACUUAUCGUAAAUCAAGACGAAUUUUAAGUUGUCUUUUAAAUAUUUAUGUUUCUUGAAACACCCUUUAAGCCAAUAAAAUGAGCUAAACUUAUUCGACGCAAGGCGUAAGGUUUUUUUAAAAGGGGAAGAUUAAGUAAGCCGAUCCGACACUAAGAGAAGGGGUCAUUAGUAGAAUAUGAAAACUUAUUUUUUUUUCAGGUUUCUCUAGA